AGAACACACACAACAAAUGAAUUCAUGCCGAGGCUACUUUCUCUGCUGUACUUCUUUAUUCCCAGCAGACUGGGGCUAAAAUGUGUUGGCUGCUGUGAUUACCGCCGUUGACAGCCACGUAUAUAUAUAUCAUAUACCUAUACAUAUAUGAUAUAUAUAUAUAUAUAUGGAGAAAGGAUAGCACCCGAAAUCUGGCUUUACGUACGGACAUGUGAGGUGUGACUAUGGAAGGCCAACAUGCAAAAUACUGUCCAUGCCAGUGGAAUGAUUGGCGACAGGAGCUCAUGCAAACAUCUGCCCAGGGGACGUCAACUUCGAUUCAACCGCUCGGACUGGGUGCAUUACUGUGGAGAGCCGCUAUGGAAAUGAGACCGUGAAGCAGUCACGUUGCAGAUGCUGAAUGAGGAAAAAGACAAUCUCUGGAUCAUGUUGUGGAAGAGGCGUGCCCACUUUGUGGAUAUGACACAGGACUGAGCCAAACAACAGCAUUCCGUGGAGUGAGCACAAAUGCCGCAAUGUAAGCAAAUGUCUCUCUAGUGUCGGUCCUACAAGACAAUCGACAUCUGGAAAGGAUUUCCGUACACAUAUGCGGAUCCAAAGGGGAUGUAGAGGCAAGCUGAGGAAGCAUCCAAUCGGAAUUGGAUCGGUGCCUGUGUGAAAACCAUUGGGAUCCAAGUUGCAGAGAACCGGCAGGGAGCUCCAACACUAAAUGUCCAUUAUGCCUCGGAACAGAGCCUUCUCGGAGCCCGAGUACUCUGCUGAGUAUUCCGCGGACUGUUCAGUGACUCUGCCCUCUGACCCCGGGCAGGCUGUCGGGCGAACACACGAGGUCACGGUGAGGAGCUCAGGAUGCUGCCUUUGCCUGCCUCGUUUCAUGCGCCUCACCUUUGCGCCAGAGUCCCUGGAGAACCUCUACCAGACCUACUUCAGGCGUCAAAGACACGAAACCUUACUGGUGCUGGUUGUGUUUGCGGCUCUCUUCGACAGCUACAUCAUUGUUAUGUGUGCGGUGGUCUACACUGCUGACAAGCUGGCAUCUGUUCUUGUGGCGUCCGCCGGGCUGCUGGCAGACAUCGUCCUCUACCUGCUGUGCCGCUUCGGGCUGCUGCCAGAUCGCAUCUCAAGGCGAGUGGUACCCUACGCCCUGUGGGUGCUCAUCGCGGCCCAAAUAUUCUGCUACCUGGGUUUGAACUAUGCCCGCUUUCACCAGGCCAGCGACACAGUGGGCUGGCAGGCUUUCUUCAGCUUCUCCUUUUUCCUGACUCUGCCUUUGAGGUUGACUCCCAUCGUGCUUAUCACGACCAUCACCUGCGGGGUUCACACCCUGGUUCUGGGUGUCACCAUCGCCCAGCAGCAGCAGGAGGACAUCCAGGGGGCAGCACUUGGCAGACAGCUCCUGGCCAACAUUGUGAUCUAUGUUUGUGCUAUCACCGUGGGUGUCAUGUCAUAUUACAUGGCAGACCGGAAGCACAGAAAGGCUUUUCUUGAGGCAAGACAAUCCCUCGAAGUCAAACUCAACCUGGAGGAGCAAAGCCAACAACAGGAACGCCUGCUGCUGUCCAUCCUUCCCAAACACAUAGCUGAUGAGAUGCUGCAGGACAUGAAGAAGGAGCCCAGUCAGAAAGAGAUGCAACAGUUUAACACCAUGUACAUGUACAGACAUGAAAAUGUCAGUAUUUUGUUUGCAGAUAUCGUGGGCUUUACCCAGCUGUCAUCAUCCUGCAGCGCUCAGGAGCUGGUCAAACUGCUCAAUGAACUUUUUGCUCGGUUUGACAAACUAGCUGCAAAAUAUCACCAGUUGAGGAUCAAGAUCCUGGGAGACUGUUACUACUGUAUUUGUGGGCUGCCAGACUACAGGGAGGACCAUGCUGCCUGUUCCAUCAUGAUGGGCCUUGCCAUGGUUGAGGCCAUCUCGUAUGUGCGCGAGAAAACACAAACAGAUGUUGACAUGCGAGUUGGAGUGCACAGCGGCACAGUCUUGGGGGGAGUGCUUGGUCAGAAACGUUGGCAAUAUGACGUGUGGUCCACUGAUGUCACUGUAGCCAACAAGAUGGAGGCUGGAGGAAUACCAGGUCGUGUCCACAUCUCGCAAACCACCAUGGAAUGUCUUCACGGAGAGUUUGAAGUUGAACCAGGGAAUGGAGGUGAGCGCUGUGACUAUCUGAGGGAGAGAGGACUGGAGACCUACCUAGUCGUUGUUUCCAAAGGACCUGUGGGAAAAAACGGCAUCAACAGUGUAAAACUAUCUGUAACUUCGUCUGAUGGAAACUCCCCCCUGCUGAUUAACACCACAGAGUGUAAUGGUAGCAUGAGCACAGCCUGCACCACACCAGAGGAACCUGAAGAACUGGACACAAGGGUGGUAAACCCUUCUUUCCCAAAUCCUCGCCGAAGGCUGCGGCUGCGGGACCUGGCGGAAAGGGUGAUUGAUGCCCAAGAGAACGAACAGGAGCUCAACAAACUGCUAAAUGAGGCUCUGUUGGAGCGAGAGACGGUCCAAGCUUUGAAGGGGAAGCGCACAAACCGUCUCUCCCUGAGGUUUGUUGACGCAGACUUGGAGACUCGCUACUCGGUGGAGAAGGAGAAGCAGAGUGGAGCUGCCUUCUGUUGCUCCUGCGUGGUGCUGCUCUUCACCGCUGCCAUGGAGGCCCUCAUCGAUCCCAGGUUGAUUGCAAACUACAUCACUUUUGCAGUGGGAGAAGUUCUCCUCCUUAUCCUGACAAUCUGUUCAUUGGCCGCCAUCUUCCCCAGGGUUUUUCCAAAGAAACUUGUUGAUUUCUCAACUUGGAUUGACCACACUCGUUGGGCUCGUAACACCUGGGCCAUGGCAGCCAUCUUCAUACUUACCAUGGCUGACAUUGUUGAUAUGCUGAGCUGCCUGGCUCAAGGUCCUAAAUCAGUCAGCACCUCUGUGGCAUCCCCUUCCUCCUCCUCCACCUGGUCUAGCCCUGAAGGUUGUCUGAACAACCCCAAAUAUUAUAGCUACAUUGCUGUACUAGCGCUUAUGGCCACCACCAUGCUGGUUCAAGUUAGUCACAUGGUCAAGCUCACACUGAUGCUGCUUAUCACAGUAGCUACCGGUGUGGUUAAUAUGUACAGCUGGAUGGACAUCUUUGACCGCUAUGACAUGGCCCGCUUUCAGGAUUACAGGUCAUAUCUCGUGCCCUCCAAGUUGACCGUGACAAUUAUGAUCUUCAUUAUGAUGGUCAGCUUUUAUUAUUUCUCUCGACAUGUGGAGAAGCUUGCUCGGACCCUCUUCCUGUGGAAGCUUGAGGUUCAUGAGCAGAAGGAGAAGGUAUAUGAGAUGAGGCGAUGGAAUGAAGCGCUGGUGACCAACAUGCUUCCUGAACAUGUUGCUCGACACUUCCUGGGCUCCAAAAAAAGAGAUGAGGAGUUGUACAGCCAGUCAUACGAUGAGAUCGGAGUCAUGUUUGCCUCCAUCCCAAAUUUCUCCGACUUCUAUACGGAGGAGAGCAUCAAUAAUGGAGGCAUUGAAUGCUUACGCUUCCUCAACGAGAUCAUCUCAGACUUUGACAGUCUGCUGGACGAGCCUCAGUUUCGCUGCAUCACAAAAAUCAAAACCAUCGGAAGCACCUACAUGGCAGCAUCAGGUGUUACUCCAGAUGUUAACAAUGGGUACACCUGUAUGAAGAAGGAGGAGCAGUCGGACAAAGAGCGCUGGCAGCACCUGGCAGACCUGGCGGACUUUGCGCUAGCCAUGAAGGUUACGCUCAUGAACAUAAACUACCAGUCAUUUAACAACUUCAUGCUACGAAUCGGUCUGAAUAAGGGAGGAGUUUUAGCAGGAGUGAUUGGUGCACGCAAACCUCACUAUGACAUCUGGGGAAACACAGUGAAUGUUGCCAGUCGUAUGGAGUCUACAGGGGUGAUGGGAAACAUUCAGGUGGUGGAGGAUUGCUACAACAUUCUCAAAGAGUAUGGCUUCCGCUUUGUGAGGAGGGGACCUAUCUUUGUGAAGGGAAAAGGGGAGCUCCUCACUUACUUUCUGAAGGGAAGGGACAAACAAGGUUCCUUUCUAAAUGGCUCUUCAGUCACACUUCCACAUCAGGUCGUGGACAGUUAAACCCAAAAAUGAACGUAAUAACAGCAAACGAAUGCUAAAUUCAGAGAGGUUGUGGAAAGAACAUUUGAAUGAGAAGUCAUUUGCCUUGAAACCAUGAAAUGCCCUCAUACCCUUGACACUGCCUACACGUCUCUGUGGAUUCACAUCUUUCUGCAGGCUCUGCUGUAGAAAAUGUUGAUAACUUCAAUUAAAUUCUGCGGGCAUGCUUAAACAGAGAUCUUUGUCAACAGGGCGCUCAUUACUGGAGAUGUUUUCACCUCGAUGGGAACCAAUUCCUUCUUUUGAUGCCAGUAGAGGGGAUGUAUUUGUAAUUCAGUGUCAUGGUCAACUAGAUUUGUUUGUUAUGGGAUGGGAUACUGCUGGAUUGGAAUUCUGGAUUUACUUCUGUGUGAAAAUGUACAUAAAAUAUAAUUAUGUACCAGUACUAUCAACAUUUGGCUCUUCAUUCAAGUGAUAACCGUAAUUUCUCGUGUAUAAUGCGCAUUUCCCCCCCAAAAAAAUUGUCAAAAGUCAAUAGUGUGCAUUAUACAUGGGUAUAGGGGAAAAUGGGGGAAAAAAAUUCACAUUUUAUAAAUGUAUGCCGCCAUCUAGAGGUUAUGAAAAAGGUCUGGCCUACACUUUCACUCCAAUAUGACCGGGGUACGUAUGUAUGACUGCAUAUAUAUACAGUUGUGCUCAUAUGUUUACAUACCCUGGCAGAAUAUGUGAAAUGUUUUUUUUAGAUACGACUGAUGACCGAACAACAACCAUCAUUAAUUUCUUUAUGGUUAUGUUUUGUUUAAUGAUAAUGCUUGACCGUUUAAUUUCAUCCAUCCAUCCAUUUUCUGAGCCGCUUCUCCUCGCUAGAGUCGCGGGCGUGCCGGAGCCUAUCCCAGCUAUAAUCGGGCAAGAGCAGAACAGCCUGAACUGAUGGCCAGCCAAUCGUAGGGCACAUAUAAACAAACAACCAUUCGCACUCACAUUCACAUCUACGGGCAAUUUAGAGUUGUCAAGUAACCUACCAUGCAUGUUUUUUGGAAUGUGGGAGGAAACCGGAUUGCCCGGAGAAAACCAACGCAGGCACGGGGAGAAGAUGCAAACUCCACACAGGCGGGGCCGAGGAUUGAACCCCGGUCCUCAGAACUGUGAGGCAGACGGCCGCCGUUUAAUUUCAAUCCCAUUAAAAUAAAAUUAAGUGUGUUUCGCCUGGCCUUUCAUGUAUUCUUUAAAGAAUUGUACCCAUCUUACAAAUUCUGCCUGGGUGAUCAAACAUAUGAGCACAACUGUGUGUUUUCUAAUUUACUAAAUAAAAGUAGGGCUGUGAAUUUCAAAAUAAGAAUAAGUAAAUAAAAAAAGAAAGUAUUACGUGUUCAAUUAAAGUGCUUAACGUCAGAAAUUCUUUUUGGAAAAAAACCAACAAAAUACAGCUAAUACUUCGUUUUAAUCUCGUGGGUAGAAGCAAAAUCAUGCACUGUAAAAAUGCAUUAUACGUGGGUAGAAGGGUUUUCCAGAAUUUUGAGGUCAACUUUGGGGGUGCGUAUUAUACAUGGGUGCGCAUUAUACAUUGAUACAAUUAUGGUGAAUAAUUGAGGUAAUGGUGAUGAAAUAUGCAGACAGAAAUACUAAAUGCGAGAAAGGUGUGAUUUCUAAAAACAAACAAACAUAGACUGGAAUCACACUGUGACUUUUAUGUGCUACACUUAUCUACACUUACUAUACAGAAAUAUUUGACCUGAAGCGAGCUGUCCUGGGGAGCGGGGGCAUUCAUGGGUGUGUAUGAUAGUGUGUGUCUGUAUUGCUCAAUUUCCUCAGUCAAUGGAUUGUUUCCCCAUGCUCUUGGCUGGAGAAUAGGUUAGCUCAGUCAGUACUCUCCUGUCCUCUCUGCUCAUGGAUCUCUAAAGCACACUUACACUGCUGGCCCGGGCCAUGAAUAUGAAUAAUAGGUAAAACUGGUUGUUUUUCUGGACCGAGUGAAGCCACACAGCAGAGAUAUGUUUUACGCAUUGUGGGUAGAUAGAAGUGCCUAUCACAGAUGUGAUCACAAAAUUUUAGAUGAAGGAUUCCGCUAUUCCAAGUCCGCUAGUCCUGUCCAUUGACUGUGCUUUUAAAGGAUAAAUGCAGUUUAUUAUGGCAGCGUUGGUUUUUGUUCUACCAAUUUGAUAAUAAACAUAUACAGUGAGCUUUGUAAAGAAACAGAUGAGGGCUGUUAUGACUGUGACAACUAAAAAAUUGUUUAAUCGCCCCAUCGUAUUUUUAUACACACUAAAUUGAUGGAUAACUAGUUUUGUAAACAUAAGGAUAAUAAGUUUGUACAGCUAUUGUUCAAGUUACUGUAAAAAGGGUUUUGGUAACAAAAAUUGACUGCAAUAUCUCAAUGUUAUUAUUAAUUACAUAUGACAAUUUGAAAUUUUGGUACAGAUUUCAGCAAGAAUCAUGGAGGCUGGCACACAUAAUUUGCUUUUGCAGGUCACAUACAAUGAUGUGGCGGGCUGGAACUGGCCCCCAGGCCUUGAGUUUGACACCUAUAAAAUAAGGCAUCCAAAUGGGAAUUUCCUUAAAAUGGGAAGAAUAAACCAAAUACAGUAAAUGUAAAAGAAAUGCAAACAAAAAGGUUUGAGUGAGAAGAUUGUGAGUUGGUGCAUCAAUCUUGUUAAAUCUCUUUUUCAAAAAUAAUGUAUAAACAAUCUGAACCAAUAUUAUUCACACUUGUUCUUGUUUGGAAACACAAUAUCUGUUUGCCUGGUUAUCGUCACCACUUUCUUACUUCACUGAAAAACCACUUGCAGCACUCACAAAGCUGCACUGACUAAGCGAAUUGGCUGAGUUGUCACACGGAAGAAGGUAUAGAGCACGCGAUAUGUUCAUUUUUGGUGUGCAUACUAGGGCUCGACCGUUUAAUCAGCUGGCCAAUUUAAUCGGCUGAUAUCCCUUUUCAGAUUGGGAAAGAAAUCUGAUGAUUUUAUUUUUACACAUUUCAACAUAAAACAAAAAUCAUGAAAAUCAAAUGAAGAUAAAAAUCUGUAAAAAAUGGAAAAUAGAUCAGCCUUUUUUCCCCAAUUUUUUCUCUCUGUUGUAAAAUGAAACAAAUGCUAAAGAACAAAGUAUUGUAAAACUGUCAAAUAUUUUGCCGUUAAUUCCUAUCUUUAUUGUUGUAAGUGUUAAGGGACCAAAAAAAAAAAAAGAAGUUAUUUGAUUCCUUAUAUAUUUUUCAAUUAAUUGGUUAUCGGAAUUUUAUUCUGACAAAUAUCAGAAUCGCCUUUAAAAAUCCAUAUCGCUCAGGCCCUAGUGCUUACAUGUACUAUCAUGAAAAGCUCAGAAAAAGCUGUGCAGGUUAACAUUAAACAAAAACAAAAAAAUUCCCCUCAAAGUUGGGUUUGGUUAAAUUGAUCAAAGCACUUGUCAAAAUCUGAAAUAGGUCCGGCUCCAUACAGAAAGACGCCUGGUUCCGUAUCGGGAUUGCAGUCUGCCUAUUGAUCAACUCUGGUUUAGAUCAUCAAUGUUAGUUUUUUUUCUGUGUGUGAAUAAUAUCCCUGUCAUUUGGGGAAUCUGAAAAAAAAAACAAGAGCCACGCAGUAAUAAGCUAUAUUUCCUUUAACAUCAUGGCAAAGGAUAUGGGCAAGAAUCUCAUUCAGCGGGACAAAAUAAGUCAACUGAAUGUGUUUCCAAUAAUUCCACCUGUUAUUAUUUCGAGCUCUAUAUCUGGAUGUGGAUUCCAGAUUUCUGGUGUUGUGCUUUACACCCGAAUACUUAACAGGUGGAAAUGGGAUCUCAUCUAAUUGAAAUAAUUGGCUACCCUCUGUGUUUCCUUUUCGUUUUGACCAGUGAUGUAAAUAACUCCAGUACUUUAAAUAUUAGACCGCUGGCAAACAAACAUUUGAACCACUGGUGGAAAAUAAUGUAAUAAUACUAACAAGGGUACAAUUCGGAGGUACCUGCACUUUACUUGAGUAUUGAAAUUGAUUUGUGCCAUUUAUCUACUUUAGAUUCUCUCCAUAAAUUUGACAGCUUUAGUUACUUCUCAGGUCAAAAUUGUACACAAAAGCAUUCAUUGUACACACAAUGACAUGUUUUUGUCUAAGUAGUCUUCUUUGUGACCUCUUUAACAGAAUGUGUAUCGUUCCUGUCAUGUUUAAUUUAUUAAGAUGUCCUGUAAUAAUGAUAUUUCCACUUAUUAUGUUUUAUAAUAUUGACUUAAUAAAAUAGGACCACCCAAGGUUUGACACACACUAAAACAAACAAGUUGGUUUAAUGCAAAGUAAAGUACUUCAAAUGAUAUUUGCCUGAAGCAGUCUUUUUGGGAAGAUUUCCGGCAAAACCAGUACAUACAGUAUGACAUGAACCACCAGUCCAGUUUUACUGAAGAAAAUAUUCGAAGUACUGUACUUUUACCACAAAUAACUUCAUGUAUUUCACAGAGAACCUUUUGCUGUAAGUUUGUCAAUAUUUAAAAUUUGCAAGAAAAUGAAAACAUUUCUGCGACCUUCAAUAGGACAGAUGAGUCAGCAAGCACGUGCAGUGUUUAAAAUGUGUUUGCAAAGAUGAGAACGUCCUUCUCCAUGAAGUUGCCAUUUUAGAUGUACAAGGUAUAUCAUGGCAGCAAGGAAACCGGCGAGUUAGUCAACGUACAUUUUGAGUCAAUGUGUUUAGGAAACCUCUGCUGUAGAAUGGGAUCAAAGUGCAAUAGUGUCUUCUCCAAACCUUGACAUGCUCUUUUAAGAAAAGGUUAAGUCAUUCCUUGCCCUUUAAUUCAUAUUUUUAUAAUGUCAUGUGAAAUUGUGCUCAAUUUAAAAGAAGAGAUUGUGUGUUGUACAUAAGAGUCAAAACAGUAUUUAUGGUUCCGAUGAAUUUAUUACCAACAACUGGGACAGUUUUUAUGUGAGAAAGUGCCAAUGAUCAUGAAAUAACUGGAUAUUAAAGCCAAAACAUGGAUUUGAGAUUGUUUCCUUAUUUGUAUUUUUAAAAGGAUAUGUGAAACAAAAUAGCACUUUAAAUACUGUGUUGAUUCCAAAUUUUACAUUGCAACUUCUACAACUCCAGCAAAUAGCACCAAAAGACGACAGUACAUAGAUUUCCCCAAGUGGUGCUAGUCACCCUUCAUGUCCUAAUUUUCUCUGACUUGACCCUUGACUUGAUAGCAAUGAGCCAAUUGCUGUUUCCCGAUUGAUUUAUAUUGUAGACAUCUAUCACUUGUUUUGAUCCCGAGAUUGCUUUUUCAUUUGAAGUACUUCUACUGUUACUGUAAGUCGAUGUUUCCUUGUUCAUUUCAGUUGUCAUAAUAAAGUGAGUUGAUUUUUUUUCUAAAUGCAA